CCAAGCAAUCAACUUGUUCUUCAUAUCUUUUUCCCAUCUUUUUCUCCCUUUUUAGUUUAUUGUUUUUAGUGUUGCCAUCAUCAAGAUUUGGCCUUAUUCCAAAUGGGUGUUUCCAAAAUCACUUCUACACAAAACCCACUUCCAAUUACAUCCACAAUCUCAAAUCUUGAAGAUGAUGAUGGUGAAAUCUAUCAUUACAAUGAAGAAAUUAGAAACCAUCAUAAUAUGAAAGUUAAAAACUUUUUGCAAAAAAUGAUUUGGGAUUUUGGUUUUGCUUGUUUUUUUCCAACAAUUGCUAAUAAGUACAAAAAAGAUGAAAUGAAAAAGAAAAUAAUGGUGAACAAUUUGGAAAACAAUAAAGCAUGGCUUCUUGCUGAGUCUGGCGGGUGUGUUACAACAACAACAAAUGGUGAACCACAUUCUGUUCAUUCAUCUUUUAGAUUUAGUUUAUGUUCACAAGUUGAGCUUGAAUCAAUGAGUUCAUCUGCAACUGUUUUGAUGGUGAAUUUGGAUAAUGGUUUAAUUGAACCAACAAGAUCUCAAGAACUAAAAUGGACAAGAAUUGAGUCAUUGGAAAGAAGUAUUUCACCUGUUGCACAUACUUUGAUUAGAUUUAGUUAUGCUGAAGUCAUUUCUGCCACUAAUAAUUUCUCUAAAGGGAGGGUUUUGGGAAGAGGUGCAUUGAGCUAUGUGUUUAAGGGAAGAGUUGGGAUCUUGAAAACUGCUGUUGCAAUCAAGAAAUUGGAUAAAGAAGAUAAGGAGGCACCUAAGGCUUUUUGUAGAGAAUUAAUGAUAGCAAGUUCUCUUCAUAGCAAUUUUAUCGUUCCACUCGUGGGGUUUUGUAUUGAUCCAGAAGGUGGUUUGUUCUUAAUCUACAAGUACGUUUCAGGUGGAAGCUUAGAACGGUAUUUACGAGAAACGAGAAAUGGUAAAACUGGCGGAUCAAAACUUCCGUGGUCAGUAAGAUAUAAGGUUGCUAAAGGUGUUGCUGAGGCUGUUAGGUAUUUGCAUUAUGGAACCGAAAGAUGUGUGGUUCAUAGAGAUAUUAAGCCUUCAAACAUCCUUUUGUCUUCAAGAAAAUCACCCAAGUUAUGUGAUUUUGGUUUAGCUACUUGGACAUCUGCUCCUUCGGUUCCUUUUCUGUGCAAAACUGUGAAAGGGACAUUUGGAUAUUUGGCUCCUGAAUAUUUCCAACAUGGGAAGGUAUCUGAUAAAACCGAUGUUUAUGCAUUUGGAGUGGUUCUUUUGGAGUUGAUAACAGGACGUAAGCCAAUUGAGACUAAAAGAGGAGCCGGAGAAGAGAACUUGGUUUUAUGGGCCAAGCCACUAUUACAACAAGGGUCUAUAGAGAAACUACUUGAUCCCUGCAACAAGUUCACGGAAAGAAAUUUAGACCAGAUAGCACGGAUGAUACAAGCUGCAGAUGCCUGUAUAAACAAUGAAGAAUCAAAAAGACCAAAUAUGGAUGUAAUAAUCUCAAUCCUAAAUGGAAGGACAAAUUCAACAAUCAGGACAAAGCCCAGUACUCCUUUAUCUUCUAGCAACUACAUUGGUGACAGUUACCCACAGAUUCGACAAACAAAUAAUGACAUGAAGUCUCAUUUGGCUCUGGCAAUGCUAGGCGUUUCAGAAUUUGAAGAUGACUACGAUCAUUUAUACUGUCGAUGACCGAUAUAGUAGAACAAAGAAUCUAUUUUGAAGUUACAAAUAAUUUAUCUGAAUAUAACCCAAGUACAGGAAUUGAAGAUUCAAAAAGGUUAUUUGGAAGUUUGUAAAUAGGUCUUGUAGUUGAAUCAGCAUGGUAAAGAAAAAACUAAUUUACAUGUUUGCAUAUUUGAUAGGCUUGUUAAGGUAGGUUUUUUUCUUUCGGGUUUUUGGUUGGGAUAUAUAUGAUUUUUUCUUAUUAAUCAUGUGUUUAGUUUGGGCUAAUUCAUUGUUUUGGCCAUUCUUUACAUA